GGUCAGUGCACUUCAAGACCACCUCUAGUGAGCAGCAGGUGAAUCCUUAAGAGAACAGUUCGUUUAGCCUACUUUGUGUCUGCCAGCUUACUUACAUGUUGCACCGUUUCAAUAUUAAAAAGCCAUCAUUUACUUCGGAUAUGGUGGACACGCAGACGUUUGCCUGGCCCGUGGGAUUCGGCCUGAGCGCUCUGGAACUGGACGAACUGGACAACAGCUCGCACUCGAUGGACAUGAAGCCCUUCUCCACGCUGGACUACACCACCAUCUCCGGCAUCGAGUACGAGCCGAGUCCGGCGCAGAGCGAGGCGCCGCACAUGAUGGAUCUGACACACAUGUACAGCUACAGAGCGCAGGAGAACUACAGCAUCUACAGAGCGCAGGAGAGCAGCUACACGGCCGAGGAGAGCAGCUACAGAGCACAGAAUUCAAUCAAACUUGAACCUGAGUCUCCUCCGCAGUUUGUGGAGAACAGCCUGUCGUUUUCCAAAGCUCCUGAAGAUGCGUCCGGCUCAGUGUUAAACAUCGAGUGUCGUGUGUGUGGAGACAAGGCCUCGGGCUUCCAUUACGGCGUUCACGCCUGCGAGGGCUGCAAGGGAUUCUUCCGCAGAACCAUUCGUCUGAAGCUGGUGUACGACCACUGCGACCUGCACUGCCGCAUCCACAAGAAGAGUCGCAACAAGUGCCAGUACUGCCGCUUUCAGAAGUGCCUGAUGGUGGGCAUGUCACACAACGCCAUUCGUUUUGGUCGAAUGCCGCAAGCCGAGAAGGAGAAGCUCUUGGCGGAGUUCUCCACUGACGUGGAUCACAAGCAUCCCGAAUCUGCGGACCUCAGAGCUCUGGCCAGACAUCUCUACGAGUCCUAUCUGAAGUACUUCCCCCUGACCAAAGCCAAGGCCAGGGCCAUACUGUCAGGAAAGACCAGCGACAGCGCACCGUUCGUUAUUCACGACAUGAAGUCUCUGCUGGAAGGCGAGCAGAUGAUCAACAGCAGGCAGAUGCCGGCGCAGGAGCUGCGCGUCAUGCACGAGGUGGAGCUGCGCUUCUUCCACAGCUGCCAGUCACGCUCGGCCGAAGCCGUCAGCGAGGUCACCGAGUUCGCCAAGAGCAUCCCGGGCUUCGUCAGCCUGGACCUCAACGACCAGGUGACGCUGCUCAAGUACGGCGUCAUCGAGGUCCUCAUCAUCAUGAUGGCGCCGCUCAUGAACAAAGACGGCACGCUCAUCUCCUACGGCCAGAUCUUCAUGACCCGCGAGUUCCUCAAGAGCCUGCGCAAGCCCUUCUGCGAGAUGAUGGAGCCCAAGUUUGAGUUCUCCGUCAGGUUCAACACGCUGGAGCUGGACGACAGCGACAUGGCUCUGUUCCUGGCCGUCAUCAUCUUGAGCGGAGAUCGGCCGGGUCUGCUGAACGUCAAGCCCAUCGAGGACCUGCAGGAGACCGUUCUUCAUGCUCUGGAGCUCCAGCUGAAGAUGAACCAUCCCGACUCCCUGCAGCUGUUCGCCAAAGUGCUGCAGAAGAUGACGGACCUGCGGCAGCUGGUGACCGAUCACGUCCAGCUGAUCCAGCUGCUCAAGGAGACCGAGGUGGACUGGUGCUUGCACCCGCUGCUGCAGGAGAUCAUGAGGGACUUGUACUAGUCUGUGUUUGACCGAUGCACUCGAGUGAUUCUGAGCGCGCUGUACUGCUCUGAUAUAGUCCUGGUGUUUUUGCACUGAAAAACCUUCGUCAGCAGAGAAACUAUGAGACUGGUUUCUGGCUUUCCAGACACAGAGUGUCGGUGCCCAGCACAGCGGCGCUGGUCAAAGAGGGCAGGACCACUGUGAAAACAUUUACCAGCUGAUUUAAAACCACACCUGUGUUUGUGCAUUCAGAGGCCUUACAGAUGGACAUAAAAGUGACACUCCUCUUUUCAUUUUUAAAAAUGACAUAAAAACAGAGGUGUGCAUAAGUCUGAGACCACACUGCAAGAUGAGACAGAAAUAAGGCAAGAUUUUUCUAGGUAACUAUAUAACUAUAAAUACAUUUAGAUAUAAAAUUCACCAUGUUGAACUUCUUCAGAGAGACUUUUUUUUGUGUGCUUCAAAUACUCUUUUGGGCAUAUUAAGUCAUUUAACAUUUUCAAAUUAUUUUUUAGGAAUAAUUUAUAUAUAUUAUCAUAUAAAAUAAUAUAUAAUUUAUAAUAUACUGUAUAUAUGCUAGUUUAACAUGGUGAUUGUCACUAUUUUACAUUUAAAUGUAUUUUAUUGGAAGAGAAUCCGAAUUAAUUACAAGCAGGAGCUCGUGGUCUCAGACUUGUGGAUGCUGUUUUACAAUGUUUCAUUUUUGGCCUUUAUCAAAACAUUACAGAUAGCAAUAAAGUUCCCAUUUACAAAAUCUGUAGGAGUGACACAUACAUUUGUUCUUGUAGGGCUGUAAUAAAACGAGACACACACAGCACUAUCAUCAGAUGGACCAAAGAGCUGGUGUUUGUCUCAAACUAUGCACAAUAUAUAUAUAUAUAUAUAUAUGAGAGAUAAAUCUGAACAUGUAAGCGUGCAGCUCAUUGUAACCACUGAUAUUUGUCACAGGUGACAGGUUUUCUUGCUUGUACAUGGAGCACAUACAACACUUUCUUAGAUUAUUUUCCAAACACCUACUUUUCUGCUUCAAAUUCAGAACUUAAAUGUGUUGUCUUUUACAUAUACAAACAUUUAAAAAAUAAUAAUAAUAAUAAUGCUGCAAGGGCUUUUUGUGUUGUGUUAUUUUUCUCAGUCAGAAUUAUUUUUUCAAAUCAUUCUAAAGCUUUAAUUUUUUACUUUAAUUCACGAGAUGUGUGUAAAAAAGAAAAAAGGGAGGAUUUUUCAUAAAUUUUAAAUGACAUGUAAGCUGUUAAAUGUCAAAUGUAUUUGAAUAUGUAAAUAAAUAUUUUCAAACUAUGUUAA